AUGAACGGAGGUCGCUUCGACUUCGACGACGGCGGCUCGUACUGCGGCGGUUGGGAGGACGGCAAGGCUCACGGUCAUGGCGUGUGCACCGGCCCUAAAGGUCAGGGUGAAUACGCCGGAGCCUGGCACUACGGCUUCGAGGUAUCCGGCGUUUACACGUGGCCUAGCGGCAACACCUACAAGGGACAGUGGCAGAAUGGCAAACGCCACGGUUUGGGCGUUGAACGCCGCGGAAGGUGGAUUUACAAGGGCGAAUGGACCCAAGGGUACAAGGGACGCUACGGAGUCCGACAGAGCGCCAACUCGCUCGCCAAGUAUGAAGGUACCUGGGCCAAUGGACUGCAGGACGGUUACGGGACCGAGGUUUACGCCGACGGCGGUAAGUGCCACAAAUGCAUUCAUUUAACAUGUCGUAUGUGUUUUAUCCACUCCGGUUAG